UGGAAUCACAACAGCAGAAAAUCACUCUACAACAAACUGGACAAUGUGGACAUAUUUCUAGCUUACUGACGGACAUCGUUUUCUAUUUUAUUUAGUCAUGAUCUAAUACUAAAUGUUGAGAACUUUGCGCAACAAUGUUGACACGCGUUCGGUGUCUGGUUCAGUUGUUUAUUUUUAUUUUUGGGUUCCUUCUGUGAAGGGGGGCAAGCCACUAUCUAGCUAAGCGCUGUCAACUUGUUUUGUUGUGGGUCUAGGCCAACUCAAAUGGUAGCCGUUAGUGCACUAGUGAGCACAUCAGUCUGAUGGUCUUCAGCUAACAGACGAGCUACCUUAGCCAUGUCUGUGACCUCACUCCUGCGCAGUGCUAUGAGAGUGGGAAACAAACGCGUCAGAGCACACCUCAUCCAGCACAGGGCCCUCUCGGGGGCGGACGCCAUCAAUGCCCUCCGGCCAUUCUACUUCGCGGUGCACCCAGACUUCUUCGGACAGCACCCCAAGGAAAGGGAAGUGAACGAGAAUUCCCUGAAGAGGCUCAAUGGCUACCUGGAGAGCCUUCAGAAACCUGGAGGGAGCUCGGUUCACCCCACCAAGCUGACAUUCUACGUGAGGGAGACUAAGGAGAACAACAGUGUUCAGAAUGACAUCCUUGCCACCGGGUUCCGUUCAGUGAGCUUUACUCUGCAGACCAGAGAUGUACUGAGCACAGUGAUUGAUGUCCUCCAGUCUUGCAGUCUGUCUGUAGAACACAUGAAAGCCCUGCAGGCCAACACAGAGUCAUCCAGGAAGUCAGCCAGGAAAUUAGCUGCACAGACAGGAAGUCCCUUCUACAGACCCAUCAAGUGGGACAAGACCUACUACUCCUUCACUGGCUUCAGAGACCCAGAGCAGGAGCUGGAGCAGGCCAAGGCUGUGGAGCCCAACCUCAGUCUGUGGCUGAGGACCAACGAGAAGGAGGCCAGCAGGAAGCAGAGAGACAGCCUCCCCCGCAGGGUCGAGCUGGAGAGGCUGAAGAAGGAGCUGUGUCAGCAGUUUGCCAUCGAAGACAUCAGGUGGCAGCGCACCUGGGGAGUCUCACACCGAUGCUGCCAGCUGCAGAGUCUGAGCCGUCUGUCCCAGCAGAACCCAGAGGCUGUGCUCAACCUGCGAGGACACACCAUUGUAUUUACUGACCAAUCAGGAAUGAAUGCCUUGGGUCAUGUGAUGCUGGGAUCCAUGGAUGUCCAUCACCAGUGGGCCAAGCUGUUCGAGCGUCUCCCUAGCUACCGUUCCCUGAAGCAGCAGGCUGAUUGGCUGAAGGAGCGGAUCAGCCUGCUGCUGGGGGGCAUCCAGGUGGUCCACGUAGAGCGCCUGGGCCCCCUGCUGGCCAUCGAGGAGCACUACAGCACCCUCAACGCCUUCCACAAGAGGCUGCUGCCUCGGAGGCUGGCCCUGCACCCACGCAGCCUGCAGGGGCUGGCCAUGACCCUGGAGAGUGGUCGUUCCAGCCCUAGUCUUCAUGAGCUGGGCCACUUCAUCAUCCCGGCGACGUGUGAACCAGUCCUGCUGCAGAAUUUCCUCCAGAAUCAGGCCAGAGAGGCUCGGCGGAGAAUCAAACUCAAAAACCAGCUGCAGGCGGAGGAGGACCAGGCGAUGCAGGGCUGCCUCAAGACCCUGGCCCUCCUCAGCCUGUCCAAGGAGCCGGGCAUCACCUCCAGCCAGAUGAUCCCCUGCUGCCACAGGCUCCUGGAACUCCGCUCCCCCCUCCUCCAGGACCUCCGCCUCUGCAUCUCCCACUUCUACUCCGUCAUGCAGGACGGAGACCUUUGCAUCCCCUGGGACUGGAAGGGCUGAACCACACACGCACGUUGCACACACACACACACAUACAAACACAGACUCAUCACAAGAGACUAGCCACCACAGACAUGCCAGCAGACCUCGAGGGGCCUGAACCCUGAUGGUUCUAAGGUCCCAUCCCUGUUGGGUUGAACCUGAUCACCUGCAGGACUCAACACUGGUCGUAACCAUGGAGAGGAGAACAGACUUUACCCUGGUACUGGGACAGGCAUGAGAGACAGGCAGGUGGAUAGGUGGAGAACAGACCGAUGGAUGAAGAGACACAGAGGUGGACUAACGGAUAGACAGAGGUCCUAGCCAAGGACUUUCUAGAGCUCAUCCAUGAUUCAGAACAAUCUGCCUUUUGAAGAAUUAUUAUUAUAAUCCCAAUCAUAGAGUUUUAUUUUUAUUGUUGGGUGCACUAAUAUACAGAAGACUAUAACAGUUAAUUCUAAGCAAAGUUACCUUUGUAGGUAAAGGUAUUUUUAUUUGUGUAAGUGAAGCUAAUCAAGAUUUAAAUGGGUUUUGUGGAAUAAUGUAUUUAAAUAAGACAGUCUUUGAUGGGCUAAAUGUAUUCACAUUGCACCUUACUUGAAUCUCUGUGGAUGAAGUUGAGAGAGCAAAAUCUGGUGCUUAGUCACAUAUAUGCUACUGUCACACAUGAAACUGUGAGACAGCCUGUUCCAUGUCAUUAGACCUAUUACUGUUGGUUUUAACACGCACCACAAUGUUGCACUGUUUCAGAAUUUCAUAGCUUGCUUUCUAUAGAGCUUGCUUUCCACAUACUCAUGUAGGUCAGAAAGACCCAAUCAGUGUUGACGUGUGAUGUGUUGAGCAUGUCUGCCGUGCUGUUGGUGGUGUACAACCUCAAAGCUGUAACUAUAGAAACACAAUGGCUGUAAACAGGGUUUUCACAGGCGUGUGACACACCUCGGAAAACGGUCAUAACCAACAUUGUUGGGGUAUUAUCCAAUCAAUGGAUAGAUGUAUUUUAGAAAAGGGAACUUGUCUGCCUAGCAAUAAUGCAACUCCUUGUUUUGGACAGUAAGAUGCAAUGGGAAAAGGUAUUGUACAUUGAAGCUAAAUGACUUGUUUGUAAACGGUUUUACUUGACAGUAUUUGUAUCAGUGGUCAGUUGGAACACUUUUAGAUUGUUACAAAGGGCAACAAAUGCAUACAUAUAACUAUACAUACUUAAAAUAUUUGAAUCAUUUCAUUUGUUACUGUAAACCAUUCUCAGUAAAAGAGCUGCUAAUAAAUUGGAUGAAA